GGGAGGGAGGGGGCUGCCGGAGCCUGCGCGGGAAGGGAGCGGCCAGGCCCUCGAGCGAGCGCCGCCGGCGUUUGGGAGCAAGCUGGCAGGAGGGGGCCCGCUCGAAGGGCAGCGGCGGCGGCUGCUCGGCUCCCGCCAUGGGGGUGACCGUGGAGGCGCGCAAGGUUUACAGAUACCCCUUCGAGCAGGUAGUGGCCAGCUAUCUCCGCAAGUAUCCAAGUCCCAUGGAGAAGCAUGUCACGGCUGUAAAAACAGUAGAAGAGAAAACAGGAAUCAUAUACCGGAGGAGGAUUGCAACAUGCCAGAAUGUAAUUCCACACUUCUUAAGACAGAUCAGUGUCCUGAAAGUGCCCGAGGUCUACCUAGAAGAAGAAUCUUGGCUUAAUAAGCAGGAUAGAAUUAUGUCUAUGAAGACUCGGUGCCUCACAUGGACACAGUAUGCUACUCUAAAGGAAGAGUCAGUCUUCAGGGAAAGUCCAGAGAAUCCAAACUGGACAGAGUUCAUUCAGAAUGGCAAAGUAUCAAUAAGAGGGUCAGGUCUCCUGAACUGUUUCCUGGAAGUUUUUGCACGAACCUUUUUAAAUCAAGGAGUGAAAAGGGGUGUUACGAUAAUGGAGAAACUUCUACAAGAACAGUUUGGGAGCCCCUUUUUGUAACGAGGAAAUGAGGAGAAAUCUCCAUGUGUCUAAAGUAGAACCACAGCAAUAUGUCCUCAUUACCAGGCCUGCUUCUUGCUGAAGUUAACUUUAUGGGUUAGAUUGACGAAUAAGGAAAGACUGAGUUGAAGGAAGACAAUUGCCUACAAACUAAGCAGCAUAUGUGGAAUGGCACAACUUAAAAUCUGUGAACCAGUGUGAUCAUGGCGAACGAAAGUAUGGUUUGGAAAAAGACAUCACUGUGUAGUUGCUCUUUAAUCUCCCAUAGACUAAUCAUCAAAAAGAUUCCCACCGAACCCCCUCAAAAAAAACCCCACACAUUGGCACUACGGAAAGACUAUCAGCCAAAAGGAACAAGAUUUUACUCUUGUUUUAAUACAUGGUCCGUUGUUCAGGCCAGAGAAUCUAUUCCACAGCAGUGCAACUGAAAUGGAGGCAUUUUAUUAACAGGUACUGUGAAUCUAUAUCUCAUGAAGACUUUACAUGAACUGCAAGAUUAUUUUAGUUUCAAAAUUCUUGUGUUAUGCAAAUACCAUUCUUUAAAACCUCCAAAAUGCUAUUAAUGCACCUCCAGUUUGCCAAUGUAUCCCUCUAAAAUGUGAACUGUUGCCAAACCUUGCUAGUUUUUCAAACCUACAAAAGCUUCUCAGAAUCUUUAUUAACUUAAUGCUGAAUUCCAGUGGUAGCCCUCUUUAAAAAGAUGGAAAACUUGUUUAGUCUUUCAGUACUUGUAACUAGGUAAUUGACAUCUAAUUAAGUGGUAAGUUGACAUAAGGGCUCAGGUUUUCGUUUCUUUCUUGGACACUUUUGGUGAUGUUGUUUUUUAAAAGAAUGUGUGUGUACACCAUUCUGUCUUCAGAUAUGAAAUGUUACUUGAAUGCCCUUUUCUGAAAUAAAGGAGAACUAACGCUAGAUUUGCAAAUUACUAAUAAUGCAUAAUAUGUGCCACAAUGCUAAUAAGAAGUACUUAAAUGUCUGCAUAUAUAAAAAAAUUCCUUUUUAUUUGUACAAAAUGUUGUCAGCGUUAUACAUUAGGUGAAGUGCUGGGAGGACAAUUAAUAACCGCAAUCUGGUAACUCCUCUGCACCGGAUAGACAUUGUAAACAUGAUAUGGUCUGCUGGGUGAUGCUUAGGUACACAUUCAGUGUUAGAAAUAUUUAAGUCUUGGUUAAAUAAAAUAUGUUCUGGAGCAGUAGGGAGGAUUAUGUUGUUUUGACAUAAAACCAUGUCCUUUUCAACCUUGUCACCUGCAGUUUUAUGGCUGAGAUUGCUGGAGCAGUCUGGAUUAAAUUUAGAUUUACCCGGCACAGCAGUUAUGUCAGGUCAUUUUUAAUUCAUUUCCUUUAGCAAUGAGCCAGCCUAACCAGUCAUUUGAACAGCUAUUUGACAUCUGGCUAAUGGGACUGAAAAGUGUGCCAACUGCCCUGCUGGCUGCCUCCCUUUCUUGCUCCCUCUCGCUAAGCACGUUGAAAGCAAGAAGAGGAAAAACAGACACGUGUUUCCAAGCCUUCUCAGUGCUGAGAAGCAACUGAGCCCUUAAGAAGGAAGGAUCUAAGGAUCUGUGAUUUAAGUGUUAAAAUAGGAAUGCAACAAACGGGGAAGCUGGGUGUGCAUUUGAACAGAACUGGAAGCAGGGUUGGUAUGAACAUUGCCAGUGACAGUACCUCAUAAAGUACUGCAGGCGCAGCACUUGGGUACUAAGCAAAUCUGCGUUUGCCCUUUAAGUGCUCAGAUGACUCCAUAGCACUGUUGUGAAAUAGCAUCUGUUUUGUCUGGGAGUCCCCCCAGAAUUCAUCUGCACCAGCUAUCUAGAACAUACUACCUGUUAACCUAAUACCUGCUGACCGGUGCAGUUGCCUUGGCUCUAGAUGAGCCCCUUGUUCAUCACCCUACUACUCUCAGGCCAUUUGGAAGAGGACAGGAUCUUGUGCAGUAGAAAUCUUGCACUAUUUAAUGCAAGGGUUGUCAACCUGGUCCCUACUGCCCACUAGUGGGAGUUUCAGGAUUCUAGGUGGGGCAGUAGGGGGUUUUACGGCACAAGCUGAAUCCUCCUUCCAUCGAGCACUGGUGGGCGGUAAGGACAUUUUACCAUCAAGAAAGAUGCAUUAGUGGGCGGUAGGUAUAAAAAGGGUGACCACCCCUGGUUUAAUGAGUUACAGUCUUCCAGCUGGAGAGGUUUGAGAUCCAAAUAAUGCUGUUGCAAUCUUGUUUCAGGGAGUGUAUAUGUAGUCUCUGCAACUAUAUUAAGGUCAGCCUUCUUGUAUUUUUUUUUCUUUAAAAAAUAAGGCAAGAGAGUUAAUUACUUUCUUGAAUUUUUUUUUAUAGUCCUCCUUGAACACUAUUGUAUGUCAGGCUCAUUAGAUUCUUCCUCACAUUAUGUCUCUUGACUUGCUAAGUUGUAGCUAACACCUGCUUUACAUGUACUCAUUGCAUUCCAGGAAGCUAGAAAUUUACAUUUUUAUAUAAUAUCAGGUCUUACAGAGUUUGGAGGAGCUCAUCUGCUUUUUUUCCAAGCAGUUCACAGAGCCUCUCCUUUUCCCAUGUGGAGAUUAAUCUCAGUGUUUAAAAAGGGAGCAUCUUGUUGACACAAAUACAUUUGUAUGUCAGGUGGUGCAAAUAUGGUGAUGUAUCAGAAAGCAGCUUUUCUAAGGCCCUGUCUAAACAGUACAAUAAUCUUAAAAUGCCCUCUGUGUGGCUGUUGUGUGGAGCAGUGUACCAUACGGACGCCCCACAUCCUAUUGGUAGUUACAGGAGGAUGGAAUGGAGGCACAGCUAUGUGAAGGCAUGGGAUUUCUUCUUACAAUAGGUGUGACUUGCAUGGCAAGCCACUGUGUGUCUCUGUGGAGACUGUAAAAUGUAUAGAUAGGUCUACCUCAAGUCACACUGCAUGCACCACAAAACCUUUUCGGCAUGUAUGUUCUCUAAUAGCAAGGCCAACGCAAUAUCACAGAUUGUUUCAGUUAACCACAGGCAAGGUUGUUGGGUGCCUUGUCAACUGCAUGUUUGCUUGCAGAUUACAGGGCCUGCUACUGGCUGCUGAAUGCUUGGAUAUAGCCCUCAGCUUUGUAAACUACAAAACAGCAUUGAAAUGUAAGAAUGCCUGAACACUACUGAUGUCUAAAAGCAACCAACUUCAUGAAGUGCCUUUGACGUCUGUGCCUUGAUAAUGUGAUCUAGAAAGAAAUAGAACUCAUCCCCACCUCCAGAUGUUAAACAUUAAAAAUGUUUUAAGAACUUAAUUCUUAGCCCAUAAUCAUUUGCAAUAUUUUUACAUUAGCAGCUAUCUUUCAUUAUCCCAGAACUUGCUUUGCAGUGUAUAUGUGUUGCGAAUCAAUUGUUAAGGGAAUGGGUUAAUGAAAUUAUAAAUGAUGUUUUUCAUAUCCAUUUUGUAAUAAUUGUACAACUCAUUAAAAAAGGUGUUCUGAUCAUACAC